AUGGUCAAGCUCGAAGAAGUCGUCGACGAGGAGUUUCUCCGCCAACAAGAAGGCCCGCAAGACGACGACGACUGGGACACGGAUUCCGAAUCCGAAACCUCGAGCAUCGCCAGCGGGCUCGGCUCGCCCGACGAAACGCUAUACGAGCGCAUCACGGCACUGCAAGACAUGAUCCCAGCGUCGACGCGGCGCUCGCUGGCGUCGAAAUACGCGUCUGCGAGCAGCUGGGUGAAGUCGGGCCUGCUGAUGGGCGGCAAGACGCUGUGGGUGGUCAGCACGAGCGCGCUGCUGCUGGGCGUGCCGUGGGCGCUGGCGUACAGCGAGGAGCAGAUGAUUGUGGAGCAGGAGCGGGCGGAGAUGAUGAAUCAGAGGGCGCAGAAUGAGUUUCUUGCUCAAGGAGCGCCGGGCCAGCCGCAGGGCGCGAAGCCUGCGCUUUAG